AUGACCGACACCACCGACUCUCAUGGUACGAGCAUACGACCUGGCGCGCCACCUGAUCCCGAGGUGGUUCUUUUCGAUAUGCGGUCCCCUACCCUCAAGGUCUGCUUCGUAUCGACCAUCCUGACGGUCCGAUGCUUGCUCAAUUACAAGAAGGUCCGCUAUCAUACGGUCUUCAUGGAGUACCACGAGGCGGAGAAGAAGCUCAGGCAUAUUGGUCGUGGAAACCCAGUCCCAUCAUCAGCGCCUCGAUCUCGGCUCGUUCUUCCCGCCUUACACCACAUUCCCACCGCCCAACUCAUCAUCGGCGCCCCAGCCAUCAUCCACUUCCUCCAGCGCCAGUACCCUGAUCCUCCGCUCGCCCCUUCGGACCCCGAACUCCGGGAGCAAUGGAUGCAGGCGUACUAUCCUAUCAGCGACCAAUUCGUCAUCUCCCGCGAGCUCCUCCAUCUCUCCCACAAGUCCGCACGACUCAUACGGAUCCACCGGGAACAGGAGCUCGGUUUCCCCCUCGAGCGCCUUCUCAGGGAGGACGAGGCGGUCUGGCUGGAAGCCGGCCAGGAAUUGCGGGAGUUCGGAGACGAGCUCAAGCGGAGACACCACCGCAGACGGUACCUAUUCAGCGGUGACCACCCGAGUCUGUUCGAAUUUGCAGCGGCGGCGGAGAUGCACCAGCUGAGGCUUUUCAGCCCGGAGGCGUUCGAGCGGCUCAAGGGGUACCCUGGGUUCUGGAAUGUGUACCUCGCGGUGGAGGAGUUCACCAAGGGGCGGACGUGA